AUGGGGGAGAUAGAGCAGAAGCCCACCCCGGGAUCCCGACUGGGGGCUCCUGAAAACUCGGGGGUCAGUACCCUGGAGCAAGGACAGAAGCCGCCCCCCACCCCGUCAGGGAAACUCAUGUCCAUCAAGAUCCAGAUGCUGGAUGACACCCAGGAGGCCUUCGAAGUGCCACAAAGGGCUCCGGGGAAAGUGCUGUUGGAUGCAGUCUGCAAUCACCUCAACCUCGUGGAAGGCGACUAUUUUGGCCUGGAGUUUCCUGAUCACAAGAAAAUCACGGUGUGGCUGGAUCUCCUAAAACCCAUUGUGAAGCAGAUCAGACGGCCAAAGCAUGUUGUUGUGAAGUUUGUGGUGAAGUUCUUUCCACCUGACCAUACACAGCUCCAGGAGGAACUCACCAGGUACCUGUUUGCGCUGCAGGUGAAGCAGGAUUUGGCCCAAGGCAGGUUGACGUGUAACGACACCAGCGCUGCUCUCUUGAUCUCACACAUUGUGCAGUCUGAGAUUGGGGAUUUCGAUGAAGCAUUGGACAGAGAGCACUUAGCAAAAAAUAAGUAUGUACCUCAACAAGAUGCACUAGAAGAUAAAAUUGUGGAGUUUCAUCAUAACCACAUCGGACAAACCCCAGCGGAAUCCGAUUUCCAGCUCCUGGAGAUCGCCCGGCGGCUGGAGAUGUAUGGAAUCCGGUUGCACCCGGCCAAGGACAGGGAAGGCACCAAAAUCAACUUGGCCGUGGCCAACACGGGAAUUCUAGUGUUUCAGGGCGUCACGAAGAUCAACGCUUUCAACUGGGCCAAGGUGCGCAAGCUGAGCUUCAAGAGGAAGCGCUUUCUCAUCAAGCUCCGCCCCGAUGCUAAUAGCUCAUACCAGGAUACCCUGGAGUUCCUCAUGGCCAGCCGCGAUUUCUGCAAGUCCUUCUGGAAGAUCUGCGUGGAGCAUCACGCCUUCUUCAGGCUCUUCGAGGAGCCCAAGCCCAGGCCCAAGCCCGUGCUCUUCAGUCGAGGCUCCUCCUUCCGCUUUAGUGGCCGGACACAGAAGCAAGUUCUUGACUACGUCAAAGAAGGAGGACACAAGAAAGUUCAGUUUGAGAGGAAACACAGCAAGAUUCAUUCCAUCAGGAGCCUUGCCACACAGCCUUCAGAAGUGGAUUCCGAGGUGCCAAAGCAGUCUCCUCAGAGCGCCAGCCUUAUGUUCGGAGAAGGGGCCGAAUCCCCUGGGGGCCAGAGCCGCCAGCAUGGAAAGGGACUGAAUGCCUCCACCACCGCCGCCACUGCCACCAGCGCCGCUGAGGACCUGGGGCCACAGUCGGGGUCACAGGCCAGCCCUGCUGUGCGGAAGAGCCCCGCGGGUAACAGGCAGGCGGACGGAGCCGGCCAGGCGCCGCCGGAGGAAGAGGAGGAGGUCGUUAAGGAUAGGACCCAGCAGAGUAAAGCCCAGCCCCCGCAGCCAAGCACAGGCUCCCUGACUGGCAGCCCUCACCUUUCAGAGCUGUCCAUCAACUCCCAGGGUGGAGCCGUCCCAGCCAACGUGACCUUGUCUCCCAACCUGAGCCCCGACACCAAGCAGGCGUCUCCCUUGAUCAGUCCGCUCCUGAAUGACCAGGCGUGUCCACGAACUGACGACGAAGAGGAAGGCCGGAGGAAGAGGUUGCCCACCGACAAGGCGUACUUUAUUGCCAAGGAAGUCUCCACCACCGAGCGGACGUACCUGAAGGACCUCGAAGUCAUCACCUCGUGGUUCCAGAGCACGGUGAGCAAAGAGGACUCCAUGCCCGAGACACUGAAAAGUCUCAUCUUCCCAAAUUUCGAGCCUUUGCACAAAUUCCAUACCAAUUUUCUCAAGGAGAUUGAGCAGCGCCUCGCCCUGUGGGAAGGCCGCUCCAACGCCCACAGCAAAGGAGAUUACCAAAGAAUUGGGGACGUGUUGCUGAAGAACAUCCAGGGCCUGAAGCACCUGGCCGCUCACCUGUGGCGCCACAGCGAGGCCUUGGAGGCACUGGAGAACGGGCUCAAGAGCUCGCGGCGGCUGGAGAACUUCUGCCGGGACUUCGAGCUGCAGAAGGUGUGCUACCUGCCACUCAACACCUUCCUCCUGCGGCCGCUGCACCGGCUCAUGCACUACAAGCAGGUGCUGGAGCGGCUGUGCAAGUACCACUCGCCCAACCACGUGGACUUCAGGGACUGCCGCGCCGCUCUGGCCGAGAUCACAGAAAUGGUGGCCCAGCUCCACGGUACGAUGAUCAAAAUGGAGAACUUCCAGAAGCUGCAUGAGCUCAAGAAAGACCUGAUCGGCAUCGACAAUCUCGUCGUCCCAGGCAGGGAGUUCAUCCGCCUGGGCAGCCUCAGCAAGCUGUCGGGGAAGGGGCUCCAGCAGCGCAUGUUUUUCCUGUUCAAUGACGUCUUACUGUACACCAGCCGGGGGCUGACGGCGUCCAAUCAGUUUAAAGUCCACGGGCAGCUCCCGCUCUAUGGCAUGACAAUCGAGGAAGGCGAGGACGAGUGGGGACUGCCCCACUGCUUGACACUCCGGGGCCAGCGGCAGUCCAUCAUUGUGGCUGCCAGCUCCCGUGCCGAGAUGGAGAAGUGGGUUGAGGACAUCCAGAUGGCCAUCGACCUGGCGGAGAAGAGCAGUGGCCCCAGCCCAGAGCUCUUGGCCAGCAGCCCCCCGGACAACAAGUCCCCCGACGAGGCCACCAUAGCCGACCAGGAGUCAGAGGAUGACCUCAGCGCCUCACGCACCUCCCUAGAGCGCCAGGCCCCACACCGUGGCAACACGAUGGUGCAUGUGUGCUGGCACCGCAACACCAGCGUCUCCAUGGUGGACUUCAGCAUCGCUGUGGAGAAUCAGCUGUCUGGGAACCUGCUGAGGAAGUUUAAGAACAGCAACGGGUGGCAGAAGCUGUGGGUGGUGUUCACCAAUUUCUGCCUGUUCUUCUACAAGUCACACCAGGACAGCCAUCCCCUUGCCAGUCUGCCCCUGCUCGGGUACUCACUCACCAUUCCCUCGGAGUCUGAGAACAUCCACAAGGACUACGUGUUCAAGCUGCACUUCAAGUCCCAUGUGUACUAUUUUAGGGCCGAGAGCGAAUAUACAUUUGAGAGGUGGAUGGAGGUGAUCCGAAGUGCCACCAGCUCAGCCUCCCGGGCCUCCAUCUCAAGUCACAAGGAUACCCACGCAUACUGAUGGCUUGCCCAGAAGGCACGCUCUCCUGUGUGACAAAGCCCACAAGAAGUGAAGAUGGUGUGACCCACCACUCUUGCCUGUCUCCCUUCGCAAAA